GAAUUUCAUAUCUAAAUCCCAUAAUAAUAGGAUGAAAAUCCGGUAUUACUGUUGACAUGAGAACUCUCUCUCUCUUUCUCGUGGGAUCAUCUUCUUCAACGAAUCCGCAAGGGUUGGUCAUGCCUAACUGGUUUUUCGAUCUUUCUGGCGGCUCCAAUUGCGCUUCCCUUAUUUUUAAUUUCCAUUUUAAACUUCUCCAUUCUCAUAAUUAUUGUAAACUCCCGAAUGUGUAUAACUAUUGCAGUUGCAGUGGAGUAGUUCAUUGCUGUUAUUAUUCAUUUCUUGCUAUUCACCAAUUUCAAAUCCCUCGUUAUCAUGAUUUCCCAGCGAUUAAUGCUCUGUUUUUGUUCCUGAACAACUCGUUGUUCUUAUAUACUCAAAUUGAACUACUCACAUUUUCUGUUCGAUGAAUGGCUUCUGAAAGCAUGGUGUCGCCGGACAGAGUUCAGAGGCAACAUUUUCCGCCUCUGGCUGGUGAAGCGUCUGUGUACAAUGUAGCUUUCAAUGAGGCUCAGAUCCAAAUGGGAAAACCUCUGAACACCACGAAUUUGGAUGAGCUGCUGAAAAAUGGGAAUCUGAGUAAGAAAACCAUUGAUGAGGUUUGGAAGGAAAUUGUUCAGCACGAUCACCUUGUCAAUGCGGCUAGUAACCAGCCCGUUCACCGGCAAUUGACCUUUGGAGAAACUACUCUCGAGGAUUUUCUUGUUCGUGCUGGUGUAUUUAAUGCACAGAAUCAAGAUGGGUUGCUGAAUCCCCAGCCCUUAACCGCGACUGAUCCGAUGGCUCUGGUCUCGCAACGGGCUGAUUGGUUGCAGUUUCAGAUGGCGGCUGCUCAGCAGCAGCAGAUGGUGGUGUUGGAUUCUAAUUUUCAUGUUUCUGGAUCAGUUUUUGACGACCCAGUGGCUAUUGUUGGCAACCCGGAGGAUCAGAUGGCAUUGUCAGUGCCAGUGCCAAUGCCAAUGCCGGUGGUGGCAGCAUCAUCUUCGGACUCACGGGUAACGCUUGAAGGGAAGCGCAAGCUUUCUGAUGAAAUGAUGGAGAAGACAAUUGAGAGGAGGCAGAAGAGAAUGAUCAAGAACCGUGAAUCAGCGGCAAGGUCAAGGGCAAGGAAGCAGGCUUAUACCAACCAGUUGGAGCAUGAAGUGUUGCAAUUGAAGAAGAGAAAUAGUUGGCUUAAUAAACAAAAGGAAGCGGAGAUGCUCUUAUCUUCAAAUCCAACUCCCACACCCAGAUACCAACUGCGGCGUACCAGUUCAGCUUCAUUCUAGUAUCUGUCUACACAUAUUCAUAUUCAUUUUUUCCAUUACAUUUAUCAGCAUGGAAAUUUUGAUUCUUUCUUUGAGCUUUGGUUCUUAUUCCGCGCACUAGUCCUGUUUUUCAAGAGUCUGCAUUUUUUUUACAAUAGAAAAACCUGCAGAACCAUCUA